CGGCCGAGAACGACGGCGUGAAACCGACGCCCACGUCCACAAAGCACACAGCCAGACACGCCACGCAAACAGUGGGCCCGAAAUUAACUAACGUUUUUCGCGACCCGCAUCAUCAAUUUAACCGCCUAACUCAUAUCACAUACUCCGUUUCUCUGUACGCAACCAGCACCUUCCCCCACAACCCCAGAUUCCUCCCACUGUUCAUCACUCUCCCUGCGGACUUUCGUCGAACACACAGCGGCCUUCCACCGCCGCAAUCGUAUCUCCGCUCUGCGCCACGGCAACAAUGGCCUCCGCGCUCGAUUCCGCCACCGAAAAGCUUGCCAGCCUCGACAUCGGCGGUUCCGCGCCAAAUCUGCAGAAGAACCUCCACCUUCUGAGCACUGAACAGAUUGAGUUGGCGAAGAUCCUUUUGGAGACGGGGCAGAGUCAUUUGUUCGAGCAUUGGGCGGAGCCUGGCGUCGACGACGAGGAAAAGAAAGCUUUUUUCGAUCAGGUGAGCCGGCUCAAUUCAAGUUAUCCAGGGGGUUUGGCAUCUUAUAUCAAAACAGCUAGAGAACUCCUAGCUGAAUCAAAAGCUGGAAAGAAUCCAUUUGAUGGUUUCACACCUUCGGUUCCAACAGGUGAGUCCUUGAAUUUUGGCGAUGAUAGCUUUAUCAGUUUUGAGGAGUCAGGUGUUAAAGAAGCUCGUAAAGCUGUAUUUGUUCUUGUUGCUGGUGGGCUUGGGGAACGCCUGGGAUACAAUGGAAUUAAGGUGGCUCUUCCCAGAGAGAUCACCACAGGAACAUGCUUUUUACAGUAUUAUAUUGAAUCAAUUCUGGCUCUUCAAGAUGCUAGCUCUAAACUUGCAUCAGGUGAAAGGCAAACACGAAUUCCUUUUGUUAUAAUGACAUCAGAUGAUACACAUUCUCGUACACUAGAGCUUUUGGAGUCAAAUUCAUAUUUUGGAAUGGAACCUAGUCAAGUCAAGCUUUUAAAGCAGGAAAAAGUUGCAUGCUUAGAUGAUAAUGAUGCCAGGCUUGCAGUUGACCCACGUAACAAGUACAGGAUUCAGACCAAGCCUCAUGGGCAUGGUGAUGUGCAUUCGCUACUCUACUCAAGUGGCCUUCUAAAAGUUUGGCAUGAUGCUGGUUUGAGAUGGGUUUUGUUCUUCCAAGAUACAAAUGGACUUCUAUUCAAUGCAAUCCCAGCGGCCUUGGGUGUCAGUGCUACCAGAGAAUACCAUGUUAAUUCCCUAGCCGUUCCGCGCAAAGCAAAAGAAGCGAUUGGAGGAAUUACCGGACUUACUCAUGCUGAUGGGAGGUCGAUGGUGAUCAAUGUGGAGUACAACCAGCUUGAUCCUCUGCUUAGAGCAACAGGAUAUCCUGAUGGUGAUGUCAAUAAUGAGACUGGCUAUUCUCCAUUCCCGGGGAAUAUCAACCAGUUAAUUUUGGAACUUGGUUCAUACAUUGAGGAGCUCACAAAAACAGGUGGUGCCAUAAAGGAGUUUGUUAAUCCAAAAUAUAAAGAUGCUAGCAAGACUUCAUUUAAGUCCUCAACUCGUUUAGAGUGUAUGAUGCAAGACUAUCCAAAAACUUUGCCUCCAUCUGCUAGGGUGGGAUUCACGGUAAUGGAACCAUGGCUUGCUUAUGCACCUGUGAAGAACAACCCUGAGGAUGCUGCUAAGUUACCAAAGGGAAAUCCAUAUCAUAGUGCAACUUCUGGAGAAAUGCUCGUUUAUCGUGCGAACAGCCUAAUUCUCAGAAAGGCCGGAAUCGGAGUAUCUGAUCCAGAACAACAGGUGAUCAACGGCCAAGAAGUAGAAGUGUGGCCUCGUAUCACAUGGAAGCCAAAAUGGGCUAUCACUUUUACAGACAUAAAAAGCAAAGUCAGUGGAAGCUGCUCAAUUUCUCAGAGGUCUACAUUGGUAAUCAAAGGCCGGAAUGUCUUUAUCAAUUCUCUCUCCUUGGAUGGGGCGCUUGUUAUUGACCCAGUUGAUGACGCAGAGGUAAAAGUGGAGGGCUCGGUCGUAAACAAGGGUUGGGUCCUCGAACACGCCGAUUGCAAAGAUCAGUCGGUACCCGAGGAACUGAGAACAAGGGGCUUCAGAAUCAACAAGAUUGAAGAGCUGGAGAAGAAGUGAAGAAACGUCUUCUAAGCUGAAUUCGUUGGGUCUUUCAGGUGAAAGCCUUUUCUUUUUUUCUUUUUUUCUUUUUUUUUUCUGCUUCUGUCUUUAUGUUAUUCGUGUUAGGGCCACAAAUAAUGUAUUUUCUUUUAAUUUGGUUAAAAUUAUUAUUUGAUUUUCUUUUUAAAUGUGGUUUUUGGCAAGACCUGAAUUAGUUUUUGUGUUGGUUACGUGAUUCCCAAUCUUAAAUUCCGUACCUCCCUCCU